CACAGCCUGGAGGUCUCAUGGAUCCAUCCCUUAGAAAGGGCAAGGUAUUACCUGAGCAACCAGUGACUUUGAAGCAAAGCUUUAUCCAUAACUCAUUCCCAGAACAAAAGCAAUUUCUUGCACCCCAAGGUCAACCAUACCACAUACGUUCUUUGAUAGACUCCCAAUCUGCUGUGGGGGCAUCGUUUAGUAACUUGCACCAGAGCUCCCUUCAAUCUAACCCUACAGCAAGUUCAUGUCUUCAAGAGGAAAGGAGUCAAAACUCCUCUUCAUCACUUUCUGCUCCUCAAGAGCAACAUUCUCCAAAAACCCUGCUGGGGACACCUCAGGUCCAGUCCAUAGACUCUACUGCCGUCCACUACAAGGAACAUGACCCAAAGCACUUACUUGCCUUAGACAAAGACUCUAAGCAACCAAAUUUUGACAAAGAAAGGUUGCACAGAAACAUAACACAAAAAGAAAUCGAAGGAAGCAUUUCUGAACACCACAGCGGAAUUACAAAUACAUUUUACAUGGCUGGCAGGAACGAGCAUAGCAAUCUAAUUAACACACUAGAUACUUUCACAAACAAUAACACUAACAAGGCUAAACAAGGCAUGCAACUUUUACAACAAUAUAUACAGAAAGUGGACCAAUGGGAAAGCAACAGUGACUAUCAUGAAGAGUCGAACGUGAGCCCUAUGAAGAUAAAUGUAAUAGCAUUGAACAAAGAAGAGAGUUUGUACAAGACCAACAGCAAACAGCAAAUCAGCAAGUCAUUGGAGAACUUGAUCAAUGAUGGUAAUCCUAGCCAUAAAAACGAAUCUUCAGAAUGCCACGAAAGCUACCAGCAUGUACCGGUGGAGGCUGAGGAGCAUAUAUCUGAUAUAGGUAACACUGAACCACAUCAACCAGAUAACCUUGCAGGGCUUGAAACAGAGAAAGUAAAACGUGACCUACACCCAGAGCGGAAAAGUAUUUUCCAGAAUCUACACUCUGAAACUCCUACGCUGCCGAUAAAGAAAAAAUCAAUAGAGGGUACCAUGGAUUUAGACAAAUCAAGUACAGAAGAACAAGACUACUGGGACAUAAAAGAUGAGGAGCAUCAGCAACCAAUGGACAACCAGAGUUUGAGGGGGCAUCAAGCACAAGACAGUCAAUCAAGAGACACAUUGUAGUUUUUCUAGCAACUGACUUGUUGAGACUGACUGAGUCUUCAACUGCUGUCUACUACUCUUGGACUGUCACAUCACAUAACAGUGUUUAAGGUAAUCAAAGUAGCAUAAAUUUUAAAAUUUGUUUAAUUGGGAAACGUAAAUUUAAUUAUGUGCAUAUUAACAACAUUUGGCUUUUGAUCAACUUAUUUUUGAUACAGAAUUUUGAAUUAGUCACUGACACACACACACACACGAUUAUGUGCUUUAUUUAAAAGGCUAUUUUUGGGAUAAGUGGAGGCAGAGCUAAUGAAUUAUAGAUUUGCUCAAAGUGUGUCUUAACGUGAAUAAAUAAUGAAAAUUGUGUGUAGCAAAGUGCUAGACUCUUGAAUCUCUUGUGGAGUUCAUGGUGUGAUGCUGUUCGUUGUGUUCGGUCUGGUCUAACACAUCUUUUUCUCCACUGAAGGGACUGUCUGAGAGGAGAGCUUCUGAAAGUUUAAAGACUUCACUCUGCAAGACGAAGAGGCAGAGGAUCCCAUAUUCAUUCUGAACAUUGUUUUUUGUUUUCUUUAUAUAUGACAGCUGAUGAGAUUGUAACAUUUGUGUUGGUCAGUGGACUUGAGUCUUCAGAAAACGGCACAAUCCAGAGAGUAUCCGCUACAAAUGUAGGUCUGAUUUGAUUUAGGUCAAUUCUGUGUAGGAAACUAUGAUGUAUAUGUUUGAAACUGCACUAUCGAGGGUGUACUGGACAUUAGGAAUGUCAGUUAGAUAUUGUGAUACUUUGUAAUAUGUCAGAUAAUCAGCACUUCUGCAAUGCCUUGGGUUUUAUUAUUUGUUGGGAUAUUCCAACCAGUUUUCCCUUCUUCAUGUCCAGAUCAAAUAAGUUCUCCAUGGCUUAUUUUUUUCACACAACAUUGAGCAGUUAGCGACAAAUCAUGCACUAUAAUUCGCUUUAGUGGUGUCUGUCUGCACACACAACAAAUUGGCCAGACAUUGCCUUAAACAUCACCUUUCUAUUUCUAUGACUGGCUGCACAAACAAGCAACUAUCUUGAUGUGUGUAUAAAGUGAGGAUUUGAAAUCCCAACAGAACUGCUGCUAUAUCUUCGGAGGUGUUUUUUUAUAAACAUUAACAAGACUAUUAUAUGUGAAAAGCUUAAAAAAAUUUUAAUUUAUGGUGGAGAAAGUUUAAAACAGUGUGCUUACAGUCUGAGGGGUAUUAAAGUUCUCACAGUCAGAUCAAGUGCUCUGCUAACUGGAUAUUCUGUGUUUGAGUUAUGAUAUAUAAAUAUAUAAUAUAUAUAUAUAUAUAUAUACACACACACAUUAUGCAUAGUUUAUAUGCUGCUAAGUUCAGACCAUCCAAAGUGAAAAACAGGUGCUUUUCAUCCCUUAUUAUUUGCAUUCGUAUCCAAUGUUGUUUCUCUUUUAAAAGUUAAUACAUAAAGAUACCAUCUGGACUUACAGUAUUACCUUUCCAUCAGUUCCCAUUGUGCAGGUCUGUCUAAAAGAACACAAGUGCACUGGAGUGUUAUCCUUUCUACACAUUACAAAUCUUUUGGAAAUAAAUGGAGAAUGUCAAAUAUAAGAA